AUGUUGCGCAUCAUCUCAAGCACACUAUGUGCCGGCAUACUUCUCGCUUCUUGUGCCAUUACCCAGUCAGGAAGUCCACAAUCAGGUUUUCAAUACGGUGAGAACUGGGUAGUGGUGCAGAUGGAUUCGGACGUUUUCGCGAGGGCAUUCCCCAAAGUCAACAUCACGCUGCAUGUUCCCGCCUUCUCCAAGCCCGAGACUGUGCCUGCACGCUUUGCCAAUGACUCCGAGGGCCCAACUGAUGAGAUUGAGCAUGACUAUUUUAUUCGCGACCUUGCUCGCAAGAACUCGUGGCUGUCGUACGAGACUGCCGACUUCUUGUCCAAAGAGAGCCGCGCCAUUUCCCACCUCUACCUAUCCACGCCCGGCAAAGGCGAGGAGAAAAGGCUGCGCGUCUACCUACAAGCUGCUAUUCGCGGCAAUGAGCCAGCAGCUGAUCAGUCUAUCCUUGCGCUGCUGGGCAAGAUGGAUGCCGAGCCUGCCUAA